GUCAGGAGUGGGGCUGCGCAGCGGAGACCGGGGUGCUCGGCCUUGGGUUCUGCGUCUCCCUGCUUCGGCUGCGCGACUGGACUGCGAGCAGCGGACGGUAGGAUUCGCGGUGGCCGGCCGAGCUGCAGCAUCCAGGGGAAGACAUGCCCACUGCCAAGCAGCUAGCCGAUGUUGGCUACAAGACCUUCUCUGCUUCCAUGAUGCUCCUCACUGUGUACGGCGGUUACCUCUGCAGCGUGCGAGCCUACCGGUACUUGCAGCUGCGCAGUGCCAGGCGCCAGGCUGCAGAAGAGCAGAAGACCUCAGGGGCCCUGUAGAGCCCAGCUUUUCCUUCUGAGCAGCGAGGCUUGAGGCAUGAGAUGGGGAAGACCUCCCCUGCAUGUCAUCCUUGGCAAGAACUAGGCCACGAUGGCUUUCAAGCCCGCAGGGCUAAAGUGCCAUGGUUUCUGUGCCGUGUUGACAGUUUGCGGAGGCCAUCAAACAAAUGGGAACGUGAGGCUGAGGGUUAUCACAGAGAUUAAAUAUUUUGCCUUGUUUGUG